AUGGAGACUCCGAGCACGUCUCACAUCACCCCAGCCGAGUUCGACGAGGUUUACGAGCCAUCCGAAGACAGUUUUCUCCUUCUCGAUGCCUUGGAAAAGGACAUGGAAGUGAUCCGGGCCAACAAACCGCUCGUUUGCGCCGAACUCGGGUCAGGAUCGGGCAUAAUAAUCACCGCGCUAUCAAAACUCGUCGAAAGUAACUCGCAUUGCAUUGCCGUGGAUAUCUCAAAAAUCGCAUGCGGCGUCACCAAACGCACGGCAAUCGCGAAUAAAACGCACGUCGAUUGCUUAAACAUGAAUUUGCUGAGCUCAAUUAAGGAUCAUUCCGUAGAUUUGUUAGUUUUUAAUCCGCCUUACGUGCCGUCGCGUCUCGACAAAGACACGGAAGAGCGCCAACUGGAGCAGGAAAGUGUCGGGGCCAGCAGUGACAAUCUCAUUCGAACGUGGGCUGGCGGCGUAAAUGGGCGCGAAGUCAUCGAUAAAGUCGUCGAGGAGAUCGAUCGAGUGUUGGCGCCGCAUGGAACUUUUUAUUUGCUGCUCUUGAAGGAGAAUAAACCCAAUGAGAUUAUCGGGGAUUUGAAAAAACGUCAAUUUCGGGCGGAAAUUUUCAUGGAACGACGGAUUAUUGGCGAACAUUUAGUCAUUUUGAAGAUAGUUAAGGCCGGUUUAUAGCUUCAUUCAAAUAUUUUUAAUUAAUUCUAGUAAAAAAAAUUGCAAAAAUACAUAAAAUAC